AUGGCGGGUUUACAUACUGUCCAAAAUACGAUUUGUUCUAUGUAUAGGGUUACGUGGCGCUGGUCAAGUGGAGCCGAUGCCGCCAGGGAGGCUAGGCUUCGAUCGAUCGACCUGCCGCCGUGGUCUAGGCCAGCGCUCGAGACGAUCAAUUCGUUCACGGUGUGUGACGAGGCCAGGAACGAGGAGGAGGAAGCUGAUAAGGGUGACGACGAGGAGCAGCACGAGACGAGCUUUGGGGCGUUCGGCCUCGGCAUCACGUACGCACAGGAGCACCCGAUGUUCCUGGCCACGGGCCUCGGGAUCGAUCGACUGGGCUCGGGCCUGAUGAGCGCCGACUGCGGGGCCGGCGGCAUCGACGGCAGCGCUGGGGGAGGCUACCUGGUGGCCUCCGGUGGCGGGGGAGGGGACCGCUUCGGCAUCGAGACUCACCACUACAAGAGGCCCAUUAACGAGGAUCCCUGUAACGACCUCUUCCUCAGGAACUACGUGUUGUUCCUCUACCAGGUGGAUCGGCGGAGGGUGGAGGAUUACUACUCCCACGCGAUCCUGGCGGACCCUAACGACGGCGAGCUGCUAUCGGAGUACGCCAAGCUGGUGUGGGAGGUGCACGGGAAGGAGGAGUGCGCCUCCAGCUAUUUCGACCGGGCGGCCAGAGCUGACCCGCACAACAGUCACGUCCUCGCUGCGCAGGCCACCUUUCUGUGGAACACCGGCGACGGUGCCAGGCUCCAAGACGAUGAUGAUGCCAUGAGCUACACCAGGUUCCCGGCCGCUUACCCAUCCAUGACCUUUGCGACAAGCUGA